GUUGAGGCUUUGGGAGAGGGAGGGUGUGGGAUAAUUUGGGAAACGUACUGCCUAUUUUUGUGGGAUCCGGGGAGGAAGCCCUGAGUGGAUUGACUCUGGAAAAGAAUGGGACGGGUCGGCUAAGUCCUGGAAGGUUCUGGUUCUGGUUUCAGAGUCCGGUGGUGUGUGUGUGUUGAGGCUUGGGAUCUCGACCGAACCAGGAGGCCGGACGUGGGAGGGGUGGUUUCACGGUGGCAUACACUCUUGCCCGAAUAUUUUGGCCAUUUCACUUGCUUUGCAGGCGCCGGGCGUUUUUCUGCGGAGCACGUGUUUCUUUUUAUUUACAGUCGUUUUAAAGUAUUGGGAUUUGAAAUCGAGUGAGUUCUCUGACUUAUUUGAGCACACGACCCAGGAGUACUUGGAGAAAAAACUGGUUCCAGAGGACCUAGACUGACGGUAGAUAUGAGUCCUGCAGAUGCCCUUGACGAUGAAAAUACAUUUAAAAUCUUAGUUGCAACAGAUAUUCAUCUGGGAUUUAUGGAGAAAGAUGCAGUCAGAGGAAAUGACACAUUUGUAACAUUUGAUGAGAUUUUAAGACUUGCCCAGGAAAAUGAAGUGGAUUUUAUUUUGUUAGGUGGUGAUCUUUUUCAUGAAAAUAAGCCCUCAAGAAAAACAUUACAUACCUGCCUCGAGUUAUUGAGAAAAUAUUGCAUGGGUGAUCGUCCUGUACAGUUUGAAAUUCUCAGUGAUCAGUCAGUCAACUUUGGUUUUAGUAAGUUUCCGUGGGUGAACUACCAAGAUGACAAUCUCAACAUUUCGAUUCCAGUGUUCAGUAUUCAUGGCAAUCAUGAUGAUCCCACAGGGGCAGAUGCCCUGUGUGCCCUGGACAUACUAAGCUGUGCUGGAUUUGUAAAUCACUUUGGACGUUCAGUGUCUGUGGAGAAGAUAGACAUUAGUCCAGUUUUGCUCCAAAAAGGAAGUUCCAAAAUUGCUUUAUAUGGCUUAGGGUCCAUUCCAGAUGAAAGGCUCUAUCGAAUGUUUGUCAAUAAAAAGGUAACAAUGUUGAGACCAAAAGAAGAUGAGAACUCUUGGUUUAACUUAUUUGUGAUUCAUCAGAACAGGAGUAAACACGGAAAUACUAACUUCAUUCCAGAACAAUUUUUGGAUGACUUCAUUGAUCUUGUUAUCUGGGGCCAUGAACAUGAGUGUAAAAUAGCUCCAACCAAAAAUGAACAACAGCUCUUUUAUGUAUCACAACCUGGAAGUUCAGUGGUUACUUCUCUUUCCCCAGGAGAGGCUGUAAAGAAGCAUGUUGGUUUGCUGCGCGUUAAGGGAAGGAAGAUGAAUAUGCAGAAAAUUCCUCUCCACACAGUGCGGCAGUUUUUUAUGGAGGAUAUUGUUCUGGCCGAUCAUCCAGACAUUUUUAACCCAGAUAAUCCUAAAGUAACCCAGGCCAUACAAAGCUUCUGUUUGGAGAAGAUUAAAGAAAUGCUUGAAAAUGCUGAGCGAGAACGUCUGGGAAACUCUCGACAGCCAGAGAAGCCUCUCAUACGACUUCGAGUGGACUAUAGUGGAGGUUUUGAACCUUUCAGUGUUCUUCGCUUUAGCCAGAAAUUUGUGGAUCGGGUAGCUAACCCAAAAGAUGUUAUCCAUUUUUUCAGGCACAGAGAACAAAAGGAAAACACAGGAGAAGAAAUCAACUUUGGGAAGUUAAUCACAAAACCUUCAGAAGGCACAACUCUAAGAGUAGAAGACCUUGUAAAACAGUAUUUUCAAACUGCGGAAAAGAAUGUGCAGCUCUCACUUCUAACCGAAAGGGGAAUGGGCGAAGCAGUACAAGAAUUUGUGGACAAGGAAGAAAAAGAUGCCAUAGAGGAAUUAGUGAAAUACCAAUUGGAAAAAACACAGCGAUUUCUUAAAGAACGUCAUAUUGAUGCCUUAGAAGAUAAAAUCGACGAAGAGGUACGCCGUUUCAGAGAAAGCAGGCAAAAAAACACUAAUGAAGAAGAUGAUGAAGUUCGAGAGGCUAUGACUAGGGCCAGAGCCCUCAGAUCUCAGUCCGAGGACUCUGCUUCCGCCUUUAGUGCUGAGGACCUUAUGAGUAUAGAUCUGGCAGAACAGAUGGCUGAUGACUCUGAUGAUGACAUCACAGCAGCAGCCAACAGAGGAAGAGGCCGAGGAAGAGGCCGACGGGGAAGAGGGCAGAGUUCAGCCUCGAGAGGAGGGUCUCAGAGAGGAAGAGGAAGCAGUAGUCUGGAUACUUCUACUCGAAGCAGAAGUUCAAAGGCUGCUGUGUCAACAUCUAGAAAUAUGUCUAUUAUAGAUGCCUUUAAAUCUACAAGACAGCAGCCUUCCCGAAAUGUUGCUACUAAGAAUUAUACAGAGAUGAUUGAGGUGGAUGAGACGGAUGAAGAAGAAGACAUGUUUCCUACCACUUCAAAAACAGAGCAGAGGUGUCCGAGCACAUCAUCAUCAUCAAGCAAGCGCAUGUCCCAAAGCCAAAUAGCUAAAGGGGUCGAUUUUGAAUCAGAUGAGGAUGACGACGAUGAUCCUUUUAUGAACACUAGCUCUUUAAGAGGAAACAGAAGAUAAUAAUGGCAGUUUGAAGCAUUCAAGGUUCAGGAAAAAUCAAAACACUGCAAGCAAACAGUUUACAGUUGAAGAUUUUUUUUAAGUAUUGCUGUUAAUUAAAGAAUUUGAAAGAGACUUACUUAACAGAGAAACUUAACGUAUAAGAAUUUGUGUUUUGACGUAUCAUUUCAUGAACAUGACUCCUUUAAUUGAGAAACAUCCCAAUUUGAGGACAUCCAGAAUGGCACUGGUUCUCCAUACUUUUUAAUCUAGUUCUUAACAUUACCUGGGGAUGCUCUACAAGAUCAGAAUGUUUUCUUUACAUAUAUUAGCGUACAUCUAACUGAAUGAGGGCUUUGCUUAAAUACCAUUCUUGAGUGAGGAUUAACAAAUCUGUCACUCUGUGUUUCUGCUUCAUUAUCAAAGACUGUCAGUAUUUUAAUGUAGUUACAUGUAACCAAAGUUGCGGAAAAGAGCUUAUAAAACUUAACCUCCUUGUAAUUUUAAUAAUUUCUAAAGAUUCUGGAUUUCCUGAAGGUAAAACAAUCUGUAAAACCAUGCCUAAGCUCAUUGUUUGUUACUAAGUGUUGUUCUUUUUCUAUUGUUUGUGAUCGUGUCAGCCACUGAGACUUUGAAUGUUAGAUGUAUCUUAUACUUUGAAUAAUUAGAUAUAUUUGUAUUAAAAAAUAGAGCAGUCUCUGAA